AUGAGUCAAGUCUCUAUACAUCAGGCUAGAAGUAAGCGAGAAUGGUUUAGGAAACCAAUAGUUGCUAAAGAUGAACGAACAUUUAAAAUUGUUGCGAAGGGGAAGAUAGUUUUUCUCUUGAUAAUAUAUAAACAAUUGAUUCUUCAUGAUACAAAUGAAUUGAUUAAUGGUAGUAUUCUACAAUUUGAUUGCCUAUAUUAUCGUGCAACUAAAGAAAAAGUAGCUUAUCAAGAAUUAUCAAAUGUAAUCGACGAGUUAAUUCCAUAUUGUUUUCGACCAAUAAAUAUUAAUGAAAGUUUAUUUCAAAAUUUUGUUAAUAGACAAGAUCAAUAUGUUACAUUUAAAGAAUUACGUAUUUCAAAUAUGACUAUAGAAGAAUUAAUAUCAUGGUCAACUCCAAUUGAUUUGAUUGAAAAAUAUCAAUUAUAUUUAGAUGAAAUAGAUUUAUCUUUAUCUAAUAAAUUAUUUUAUAAUUGUUCAAAACCAUGGCUUGGUUUAAAAUGUCAAUAA